ACCUGUACAAUGUCGUAUCGUGAAAUACUGCAAUCAAUUCGGGAGGACGAUUUCGUCGAGUACUUCCUCUUUCCGGCCCGUCCAUCCGAUCCGUCCGAUGUGGAGCUGGAGAACUGUGAAAACUCGCUGGAGUCACUCCUGCAGGAGGUAAAUCGGUUGGCAGAAGCGUUCUGCCAGCGGUACAUCUGGCAUCGUGAUGCAUUUCGGGUCGUUCCAAGGCUGCUAAACGAUUCGCGAAUGCUUAUUGAAGCGGCGACGGGGGAACACGGUACAGCGAGCGCGAAACUACCAUCUCAUCUGUACGGGAUUUCCCACGUCGGUGACAACAUUCAAGACGAAUGGUUCAUUGUCGCAUUGCUGUUCCAUCUAACCGAGCGUAUUCCGGGGCUGGUAGCGCGUGUGGUGGAUGCGGACGGAGAGUUCCUACUGAUUGAAGCGGCCGAACAGCUUCCUCGCUGGGCAAAUCCCGAAAGCUGUGAGGGAAAAGUUUUCAUCUGCGAUGGAACUUUGCGGUUGGUACAAUCGACCGAAGCGGAUGAAUCGUUAGAUGUUCAGGAUGCGCUCGAAAUGGUACGAGGAACGGAAGGAAAAAAGUAUUGCGUCAGUGAGGAAGUGGAUCGAUGCAUACGGGAAAGAAUUCAAGGUUUCCCGGAUGAAGUAACGGAUCAUCAGCAUCGAGCGACCGUAAAUGUACCGGUUGGAGUAGCGGCAGUUUUGCGCGAAAAUCCGCAGCUCGUAGCCCCGGCAGUGCUUGCCUUUUGUGGCCGUGAUCCAAUCGAUCUGAAGGCGUGUCGUGCGAUGCGAUACUUUCCACCGGAAAACUGUGUGAACGUGAGUGUAACGUUUACGAAAUGUCUGUACGCAAUGCUUGCGCAGAGCCGUUACCUUCCCGAUCGGCGAACCGGCUGGAGUAUCCCACUGUCCACCGAUCCGGAAUAUAAAGCACACAUGCUCGGUGUGAAGUUGGCCUGUGGGUUCGAGAUAUUGGCAUCGCAAGCGAAAACCUCUCGAACGGACUGGGAAACGGAUAAGGGAUGGAAGAGUUACUACGAAUCGCUCAAAGCGAAGGGAUACUUCCGAGACAAUAUUGAGGGUUCCCAGGAGCACACGAAACUGCUCACAAUCGCUCGGGAGUAUUACGUGGACAACAAGGACUCGAUGCGUACCACACCGAAGAUUGGUGAAGAAAUCGUUUCUAUACUGAAGCGAAACGAAUGGGAUGUGGAGGAAUUGCGCAAGGAGGGCCUGGAUUUGCCGCCGGCAGAUAGUGACGAUUGGAUGAACAUUUCGCCGGAGGAACUUGAUCAGAUGCUAACGAAGCGAUAUGGGGCCAAGAAGUUGUUCUCGUUAAAUGGCAACACGAACGCGGCGGAAACGUUUACCUCGAUGGUGAACGAUUUCCUCGAGCAGAAGAGCGAGUUCGAUGGCGUUGUAGUGGAUAAUGAGAAUGAAGAGGAAGCAGAUCGAGCGGCCAAGGCAGUGCUGGCAAAGCUCGAUCUAAGCCAGCUUAAAUCCCCUACGAAACCGAAACGCACCAAGAGUAAAAAUGCACACGAUCGACAGCAAAACCAACAGCAGAACAGCAAACAUGCUUCCGAAGUACAGGUCACACAAGAAUCACCUUUCCAUCAGUCCGCCACGGUCGAGUUUGAUGCCGGUGCGUUCGGAAUGCACGUACGAAACAUGCUCGAUCUGCUCAUACCCGAGGAUCGAUGGGAUUCUUCGGAUGAGUCGGAUAUGAGCGAUUACAGUCAGGACGAGUACGAUCGCAACAUUGAGGAUAUGUCACCGACGCGUACGCAUCGGGCCGUACAGAGCGAACUGAAGACGUACAUGGAUCAGAUGGAUCGGGAGCUGGCCGGUACCACGAUUGGCAAGAGCUUUGAAACGGCAAUCGACGGUGAGGAUGCUGCGACUGAUGCAAAGCCAGCAAGUUCGGGCGUCGGUGGCGAUGAUUUCGACGACAUUGAAUCCUUCAAACCGGUCAACAUCGAUAUGAACACGCUGAAGAACAUGAUGGAAAGCUACCAAUCACAGAUCGGUGGUCCCGGUCCGGCAGCCAAUCUGCUCGGCUCGAUGGGCAUCCAGAUCUCGAAGGCUGGCGGCGGUGGUUCUUCGUCCAAGCCGGAGAAGGGAAGCACGCAGCAAACGGACGUCUAAAUGCCAU